AUGGAAGGGGCGGAGGGCAUGGAAGAGGGCGUGGAGAGCGUGGAAGGCAUGGAAGGGGGCGUGGAGGGCGUGGAAGGGGUAGCGGUGGGUGUAGAGAAGGCGAGGGUUGAGGAACCUGUCACACUGUCAGCCUCUGCACCAUUAUCAGCCCCUACACCACACUGUCAGCCCCUGCACCACACUGUCAGCCCUGCACCACACUGUCAGCCCUGCACCACACUGUCAGCCCUGCACCGCACUGUCAGCCCUGCACCACUGUCGCCCUGCACCACACUGUCAGCCCCUGCACCACACUGUCAGCCCCUGCACCACACUGUCAGCCCCUGCACCGCACUGUCAGCCCUGCAUCACACUGUCAGCCCUGCCACCAUCAGCCCCUGUCCCACACUGUCAGCCCUGCACCACACUGUCAGCCCCUGCCCCACACUGUCAGCCCCUGCCCCACUGUCAGCCCUGCACCACACUGUCAGCCCCUGCACCACACUGUCAGCCCCUGCACCACACUGUCAGACCCUGUCCCACACUGUCAGCCCCUGCCACACUGUCAGCUCCUGCACCACACUGUAG